CCGAUAUCUGUGACGCGUCGUAGAUUCAUUUGCGUGCACCCUGUGGGAACGGUGUGUAUCCACGAUAUGCGAUGCAUCGUGAGGCAGCUCUUGUUCUCGUCCUCUUCGCUCUGAAGAUCUCGCAGCUCGCAUCUGGGCUACGCGGUCCUGGAGGGUGCGAGAGCUUGGUGCGUGCCCUGGGUCCCGAUGCACGGUCGUUGCGGCCAUACCUGCAGAGGCAUCUGUCCGUGCCCGGGGUGGCCAUGCGCGAGGACCUGUUCGAGUGCCUGCUCGACGAGCUGCCCCGGUGGCCGGCCGCGCAGUUGGGCGCAGACCUGGGACGCAUCGCGCAGCUCGCCGAGAGGUCCACGCCCGCGGACGGGCCGGCUCAGGCCCAGAUGCUGCGGCUGCUGUGGUCGGCACCGGCGCAGAGGCUUCCCGGGGACGUGGCCCGGCGCGCCAGGGCCGCGGGACGCGCGCUGCUGGGCCGCGCCACCUUGCCGGAGCCUGUGGUGCGCCGCUACGAGGCCCUGUUCGAGGACGGCCGCCGGUCGGCCGAAGCCCGCGACGUGGCGCGCUUGCUGGCUGAGCACGCGUUCGACUGUCGCCACGCGCCGCCCGGGGACUCGGAACUGGACCGGCUGCCGGCCACGUCGGCCCGCCAUGCGCUCGCCAUCCUGAGUCACUUCGCGCGGUCGCGCUCGUGCGCCGGCUCGACGCUGAUGCCAUUGCCCGACGAGGCGUCGGCCGGCCAGCUUGUGUGGCAGGCGGCGACCCUCUUCGACCACGGCUACCCAAAGUCGCUGGGCUUGCAGGAGUCUGAAGCAGCCGACUACUCGCGGGCGCGCACGCUCGAGAAGGAGCGCGCAUACAACGACAUGCUACGCUUCGUGCGCGAAUCGAUGAGAAACGCCAGCCUCUCCUCACUGUCCAUCGAGUUGCUGCUAAAGAUCGGCAUAGACGUGGCUAGCAACUGCCAACCGCCGGGCAGCACCGUGUCGCUUAUCCGCGGCAUCGUCACCGAGCUCCAGCGCCGCGGAGGAAUCAGCCCGGAAAACAAUCGAGUGUUUAGCCACCUACUCACCUCGUUUCAGCGCCAGAAGAACUGCACCAAGGUCAGCAUUAGGGACCUAAUCAACGCACACGACUACCUCGUUCCUCAGCUACUGGAAGAUUUUCAGAAGAGCGUCCUUUUUGAGUCUCCAAGUGUCCGCGCCUACCUCGUGACGGAGCUCAGCAUUUACGCAAAAAUGGCGCAUCAAAUCCCUGCCGAACGUCGGGUUGCUCUUCUCGGUGUCGCCACGGCUCUGCUUACAAUUAGUUGGCCACCUGGCAAAGUUCUUGACCUCCUUAUCGACAGCGCGUCGCUCCUCCAGUUCGGUAGCAUAAGUAGGCAGAUGGCCCGCAAAAUGAUACCAGCGUUGCUUCGCAUUCACACUAGGCCGUACUAUGAAUGGCUUUCACCGAAGCGAAAGUCCUACCUAUAUUUGACGCUCUUGCGACUGAUUGAGCAGCUCGAUAAGAUGGAUGACAGUAUACUUGUGGCCAUUGAAACCGUCGUUGCCAGUCCAUGCGAAAAGCUAAACCUUGUCAGUGUUUUGUUCCGCAUGCUUGAGACUCCAACUGUUAGUAGUAAAGCAUUCUCUUACAUCGAAUGUCUCAUACUCUACUUGCUAAAAGUUCCGCGAUGGUUCAAGAUCGACUGGAGCGUUAUAAUCAUACCUCCAGCACCAAAUGGCCCUUGUCAUCCGGGAACAUGGCACAGCACAACCGGUACGACGGAAUUAUCGGUAGAAACUACACCAAAAAUAACUUUUACAGAAACACCAUCGAGUGGGAUAGAAGAAACAUCCACGCCAGGAAAAGAGCUGACCACCAGGAAGACAACAGCGUACGGCACAACCACCCCGACAGAGUCGGCAACUACAGAAAUAGAAACAACUACGGAGACAUCGCCAGAAGUGUCAACAAGACCUUCGUUUGGCGAAACAACGUCAAAAGAAACCACAGUGACGCCUUCUUCCGGGAUAUCAACAUAUGAAACGACAGGUACCAGCACUAUGGAGACAGAACUUAGUACCACCAUUGCCACAAGCACGCCAACCGGAUAUAUGCAAACUACAGGUUCCGCCACGGUAACACCAACAUCUAUGGAAACGUCGACUACAGCCUCGAACACAGUUCCCACCACAGAAAUGACCGCAACAACCACGCCGAGCACAUCAGAAACUCUUACAGGAACUCCAUUUUCGGAGACCACAUCCACCAUUACGGGUUCAGAAACAACAGCUACUAGCACUACAGAGCAAACAAUGUCGCAAACGCCGUCGACAGAAACAACAAGAUUAUCGACAACUGAAACUCCAGAAUUCUCUACUUCAAUCGAAACAACCGCUGCGACAAAAUUCUCAACGCUUACAACCACGUCGACAGAACGUACGGCCAUGACAACCGAGCUGUCUAGCGAAACUCCGACUAUGACACCUGCGAUCGAGACUACAACAUCUGGGUCGACAACUUAUACAUCGACACCUGCAGCAACCGAGUCGACAGAGACAACUUCUAUGGCUUUUACUACGACGGAAACACCCUCAGCAAGCCAGUCCACACUGACAACAUUCACAGUAUCCACAGCGACGACUUCUUAUGAAGCCACGACUGCAACGGAAUCCGCGACCACUACAUUUGAGACUCCGACGUCUACACCUUCGCUUGAGACAACCACAUCUACUGAAACCACCCUUGUUACUACUGGUACUCCUGCGGGGACUCCUUCAACUUGGGCAACAUCAACUGCAAUCACAACUGAAAGUGUAACAGCAACUCCUUCAGUGGGGACAACACCUGAAGAAUCGAGUACAACCUCAACGACCACUGAAACACCCACAGGCUCUUAUUCUACAAUCAUGACUACUUCUACAGGAUCUACCAUUGUAUGGACAUCAAACGAGACUCCCUCCGAAAGUUACUCGACAAGAACUACGACUUCAAAUGAGACUCCAUCGGAAACUUUCUCGACUGCAACGACGACUUCUAUGUCGACGGAGACCUCUUCGCAAUCGUACUCGACUGCAACGACGACUUCCACGUCGACGGAGAUUCCUUCAGAAAGUUAUUCAACAGUAACGACGACGUCGACAACGGAAACGCCCUCAGAAAGUUAUUCGACGAUGACGACGACUUCGACCUCGACGGAGACUCCCUCCGAAAGCUACUCCACAGCAACAACGACGUCGACAUCUACCACGACACCCUCAGAGAUUUACUCGACAGCAACAACGACAUCAGCAACAGAGACGCCAUCUGACAAAUUUUCAACAAUGACAAAGACUUUGACAUCGACGGAAACUCCCUCCGAAAGUUACUCGACUGUGACAACGACAUCGACAUCAACCGAGACUCCAUCCGAGAGUUACUCAACUGUGACAACCACGUCGACAUCAACCGAGACUCCCUCCAAGAGUUACUCAACGAUGACGACAUCAACAUCAACCGAGACUCCCUCCGAGAGUUACUCAACUGUGACAACGACAUCGACAUCAACCGAGACUCCCUCCGAGAGUUACUCAACUGUGACAACCGCAUCGACAUCAACCGAGACUCCCUCCGAAAGUUACUCAACUGUGACAACGACGUCAACCGAGACUCCCUCCGAGAGUUACUCAACUGUGACAACGACAUCGACGUCAACCGAGACUCCCUCCGAGAGUUAUUCAAAAGAAACUACGACUUCAACGGGGUCUACUACAGCGCUCAUUGAGUCGACCAGUGUUACGGUGUCCACAUAUGGCACCACAACUGAAACACCUGCAGGUACACCUUCAACUGAGACAACGACUACGAGUACAGUUGUCAAGACAUCAACCGAAACACCUACAGAAACCCCUUCGGUAGAGACCACAACGGUGGCGGAAUCUACUACGACUUUAACAUCGAUCCAGACACCAACGGGAGGUUAUUCAUUAGAGACUACCAGUACUACGGGUCAAGAGACAAUCACGCCAGCAACGGAGACUUCGACCAGCGUGACGCACCCGCAACAGACAAUCACGCCAGCAACGGAGACUUCGACCGGCGUAACGCACCCGCAGCAGACAAUCACGCCAGCAACGGAGACUUCGACCGGCGUGACGCACCGGCAACAGACAAUCACGCCUGCAACGGAGACUUCGACCAGCGUGACGCACCUGCAACAGACAAUCACGCCAGCAACGGAGACUUCGACCAGCGUGACGCACCCGCAACAGACAAUCACGCCAGCAACGGAGACUUCGACCAGCGUGACGCACCCGCAACAGACUAGAGUGCCACCGCGGCCAGACAAUAGGGAGAACGACACAACCACGCCGACUGGUUUCCGCAGCACCAUCGUAACUACGGACAACAUUCUAUCAAUGGGUACCACGGUCGUGACUCUACCUACUCCGACACCAGCUCAACACACGUUCACGGUCCCGCCGUUUCCCGAAAGUGCUACGGUAAAGUUCAACAUAGAGAAAAUAUCGCAUCAUAUAACCCACACAAAUGAGUCUACUGGUAACAUUCUAAAACUCAUAGAGACUAUAUCAAAUUGGUCGCACCCAAAAGAUAUCCCCAAUAUCAUCGAAGGAGCACACAACAUUACCGUUGGUCACCCUGAAAUUGAGCGAGCAGUGGAUGAGAGGCUCAUUCAAAUAAUUGUGAAAGCUUUGACUGCUGAGCAACUUCGAGGAAUAACUACCGACAGAACCGAACGCUUGGUAUUGGAACUCUACAGGAUACUUAAAACUGGGGUAAGAAUUGACUUGACCAUCCUAAGAAGUAUCCUCACGCUGAAGAUGACGGCUACACUUCGAGAAAAUAUCAUUUCAAGCCUGGUCAACAGAACAUACCAUGGGCCUACGCAAGAAGUCCACAAAGUGUUAGAGAUUCUACUGCCGUACCUAGCAGUGCAUCAUGUUUCCACGCUCACAACGAAGGAGUUCAUCCAUUUGUUGGUUCAGUACGUACAGACAACCAAUAGGAGUAGCAUUGACGGCGAUCUGAGGCAUUUCUUGAUCGAAAUAUUGGAAGAAAUCACAAGAAAUCCCAAAGUGCCGGAAAAGCAAAAACAACGUCUGAUUGCUAUAUUGGAAAUGCUCUUGAAAGAGUUACCUGCACCCCGCACAAAUUUCAGUGCAAUUCAUAAGUACCUGCAAAAUCCAAAGGCUCCCCUACCAUACACACUUUUACUCUCGAUACAACCGAACCCUCGUGGUACUGCACCCGGUUCUCCAGCCACAAUACAAGCGUUAGCGUCGGUCGUCAAAGAAUCCGCCGGAAACCCGGUAGUAGUCGGAAACGUAGUUUCCUUGCUCCUCAGGUUAAUAAGCACAAACAACGUUCCGAGACUACAGAUAGGGCCACUGCUUACCAGCCUCAACAAAAUUGUUCAUCGAAGAGACCUCAUCGCGCCCCACUUGCGAAUGAUCGCUCUAACAGACUCUCUCAUUCUAUAUGGCAACGACGGCUUCCAAUAUUUGUCACCUACUGCGCGCUCUACUGUCCUGACGACCCUGGUUUCUUUGUUGAGCGGACGUGUAGACGAUUAUCUGGUUACACGUCUGCUCAGUUUCAAGCCGCCCAACCAUAAACCAGGACGGACGUUCGAAACCUUGCGCAAGGAUGUGGAUAGCGUGAAACCCAAUGGUCCUGUUGAAGGCUUAACGGCAGUAAAGCAGAUUCUGCUAGUUUUAGGGUCCAUUACUGCCAGCAAACCUUCUUUGCCUGCGAACUUGCAUGAUAUAGCUGUAAAGUUGAACUCCCAUCCUCCCGAAGAGUCAAAAUAUCCACGCUCUAUACAAUACAUAAUUGCCAGCCUACUUAAGAAGACUCCUGUGCAGCUGUCAGCAAUUCCAAAAAGCGCCAUGACACCUCUGUCAUACGUUCACUGGCCGACGUAUGAGUUACCACCUGACUUGGUUGACAACAUUGCAAAAGAAGUCGAAGAUCGUGAUUACAAAAUCACCCAUCUUACGAAAGAGCUGUCGCUUGACCUUGUAUCGCCUGCUCUCGAUCCUACCGUUCGAGGUAACUUACUGGUAGUAGCCAUGCGUCUGCUCACGACUGAUCAGAUGACUGUCACUCUCGCUCAGCAAUUACUUCGCGCCAUUCACGCCGCAGUUACGCUGGUUCCCUCGUUGUGGCCAAGAAACAGCCUACUGCUCCUUCAGGACAUUCCAACAGCGAUAACAAGGCCAAUCAUCCGAUCUCUCCCACCUAUACAGACAGCGAUACUUCCUUCACUAUUGCACCACAUGAUAAACAGGGCUCAGCAUAUUCCAAAACCCAUCCUCGAUACACUAAUUAAGUUCGCGCCAAGCCAGGACUAUGCAGUGGAAAUAGUUACGGAUAUUAUCUCAGCGCUACUGAAACACAGCGACGUCCACGAGCAAGCUAACCUUAGCAUGAAACUUGUCAAAGUGUUAGAUGAGAGAGCUGGGACGAGUGCGUUGCCCAUUAAAGAAGUAGCCGACUUGCUGACACACUUUAGAAAUCGCCUCUCACGAUUGGUCAAGGGCACUCCCGAGUUGAAGCCAGUCAUCAAGUACAUAAACGAGGUGCUACGCAGACUCCAGAGCGAGCCUUUAAGCGCGUUGCGAAACCUCAAAAAGUACCUCAGGACACUGCCAGGUCCUGCGCCAGUCGAACUUGUGCGCAGCAUAUUUGAAGACUUCCCCAGCUGGACGCCGAACGACCUUCAGACGGUAGUUGGCCUGGUGCGGGAUGCGCUCAUUGCGGCCCGGAGUCGUGAACCUGAAGUGGUGGGCAGCGUCGCUGCAGUGGCCAUGCGUCUGCUCCGCCUCUACAACUAUACGGACGGCACCGAGAAACGCCUCGUCGACGUCAUCGAUCGGGUGCCCGUGCGCGGCGACAUUAUCCCACAGCCACUCAAGCUCGUCCUAGUCAACGACAUCCUCUUUGUUCUCGCCACAAAGGUGACGCAAAAGUCCGAGAGCAACGUGAACGUGCAGACAUUGCUGCGGCUGCUGGACACGGUGCUGCGCGGCGGAGCCUUGCCUACGGGCACGGCGAGCGUCGAGGGCCACUUCAUCAAGGCUGUGGCCGCCUUCGUGGACAACAAGUUCGCGCUGCGCAAGGUGACGCGCGAGUUGCGUGUGCGCAUUGCCGACCUGCUGCGCCGGCUCGAUCUUCAGCAGUACAUCCCGCUCGAGAUCGUUGUCAAGAUCGACAAGCAACUUCGCAAGGAGAUGUGGACGGUGAUCCGCAAGGUGCACACGACAACCGAGGAGCGCUCGAUUACGCAGUUCCUGCAGUACCUCAGGACAGCAAACCGGGACGAGAUCGUGCGCAUGGACGAGGGCAGCAUGCGAAACUUGCCCAAAGUGAUGCUGCCGCUGCCGCCGCGCGCGCUUCGCAACGUCAUCGCCGGCGUAGAAGAUGUGUUGAAAUUCAACCACGAGAUCAUCCACCGCGACCUGGCCCGCCAGCUCCUCACGAUUGUACAGACGGCCAUCAGUAGCACUAUGUUCCCGGCAACGUUGCUUCCCCGCAGCAAGAUCGUUAUGGACGCGCUCAAGCGAGACAUCCGGCACGAGAGCGCCAGGGGCGGUUUCUAUCCGCCCGCCAUGUAAAGACUGCGCGUGGCUCAUUGGUGCUUGCCACACAAUAAAAAAAAAAGAGUGUGCCACA